CCAAGAGCAGCGGCCCGAGCUGCAGCGGAGGCCGCGGGGCCGGGCUCUCCGGCGCUGCCGCUUUAAGGGCGAGCGGGCGGGAGCGCGGCCCGGCCCGGCCCCGGCGCAGCGGCGGCGGCAGCAGCAGUCUUGCUGUUGUGGAAGCACGGGCCUAAAAUGCUUACCUGGUCAUCAGUUUCAGGGGAGGUUCAAAAGCCGUGCCCUGAAGCAAGGAAGUCUGAGUUAUUGAAAAGAAAUUGGAGAGUAAGGAAUUGCCAUCCAUCACUAUGAACAACAACAUCCUGUGAGUUCGUGUCAAACUUUCUUCCGAACUCUGCUGAGGAAGGCCGGUGUCCUUGGGCAAGCAUGGCCUUCCGUGGCUGGAGGUGGCUCCUCCUCCUGGGCAGGCAGAACACCCUUGCCAAGGUGUGGAGAAGCAGGAGGGGAGGCCCCUCUGUGUGCUGGCAGCGCUGCUGCCACUGGAGCUCGGGCAAGGCUCUGGCCCCCGAGGUGAGAGCGUUUCUGGAGGAGAACACCGAGGUCACCAACAGCGGGCACCUCACCCCAGAGAUCCGGCUGCGCCUGCUCACGCCCCGCUGCAGGUUCUGGAGAGAGAAACCUGACCUGUGGCCUUAUGGGGACCCAUUCUGGGCAAUUUACUGGCCAGGAGGCCAAGCCCUCUCCAGGUAUAUUUUAGAUAAUCCACGUGUGGUUAAAGGGCGAUCGGUUCUGGAUCUUGGAAGUGGAUGUGGAGCAACAGCCAUAGCUGCUGUGAUGAGUGGUGCAUCCCAAGUCCUUGCCAAUGACAUUGACCCCAUUGCAGGAAUGGCAAUGAUCUUGAACUGUGAACUGAACCACCUGGAUCCCUUCCCCAUCACCAUUAAGAACAUCAUUAAUUCAGAGGCUGGCAACUGGGACCUCAUAGUUCUAGGAGAUAUGUUUUAUGAUGAACAACUUGCUGAUGGUCUGCAUCACUGGCUGCAGAAGUGCAUCAGGAUUCACCAGACUGAAGUGCUGAUUGGUGACCCUGGCAGACAUCAGUUUUUAAGCCACAGCAUUCACAGCCAGCUGCACAAAGUUAUAGAAUAUUCACUGCCUGAGUCUACAAGACAAGAAAACUAUGGGCUAACAUCAAGUAUUGUCUGGAGUUAUCAGCCCUCAAACAGCUUAGAUGAUUCUUGAAGCUGCCUUCCUAUGGGAUUUUGUCUCACUUGAUUGGCAUUUGGCAGGUAUAUAACAUGAAAAUGGGAAUUGAACAGUAAAGCAGCUUACUGUACCUCCACUGGACUAAUUUCAAUCAUACUCACAGAGGCUUUUGCUCAAUUUGAUGUAAAAGCUACAUGCAAACUGUAUUCAAAGGGGCCUGCACUGAAGUGCAGAUCUACAGACAACUUACACGUAGGAGUUUGCAUGCUUGAUGCUUCCCAUGGGUAUUUGUGUCCUGCUGACAUUACUGUGAAAUGUUUUGGAUGUCCAACAUACUGCUGUGGGGAGAGGGUUGUGGCUGAAGGACUACUGCAUUGCUUCUACAGGCUUCUGCAGCUUAUUUAUAGAAAAUUUCUAAAUAUAGAAAAUUAUUGCUGUCCUCCAUAAAAUUCUCCACUAGAUUUUUAGCUCAUAAUAUGCUCAACUUGAAGUGCCUUGCUUUUUUUCUGGGUAUCUCUUCUGAAUGUCAAAGUAACUAAUUUAAAUCUCCCCCUUUCCCUCUAUAAUAAAAAUUUCCUCUUCCUUGAAACUGACAGAGUGAUUAUGUAGGAGUUGCACCCAAAUUUAAACUCUGCUUCUUGACUGCCAGCCAGUGUAAAAGCUGUAAUAAAUGGAAAGUGAAUAAAUA